GGGCGUUUGGGUUUUUUAGGAAAGCGUGCCACGAUUCCUUUUUACAGGAACUUUUUAUAUUUAAAUAAUUGCAAAUAUUUUUAUAAAUUCUUUUAACGCGUUAAGUAUUCUCUAGGAAUUAUUGAAUUGUUAAUAAAGUGAGAUCAAUGUGUUUACUAAUUGCUUGGCUGUAAAGAAACCGGCAAGUUUUUGUCAGCCACUUGGACAUUAUUUUCUUAUUGGUCGUAAAAAUUUCCGUUUUGAGCUUAUUGUUGUGCAAAAGUUUUAUAAGAUUUAAACAAUGGCAGUGGACAAUGGAAAUUUAGUUGUGAAAACACGGUUUUUAACUUGGGAAAAACAAGAGCAUUUAGUAAAAUUGUCAAUUUUAAUAAUAGCCGCUGUUUUGUCGUUUGCCACGAGGUUGUUUUCGGUACUACGUUUUGAAAGCGUUAUACAUGAAUUUGAUCCAUAUUUCAACUACCGUACAACGCGGUUUUUGGCGGAACAGGGCUUCUAUAAAUUUCACAAUUGGUUCGAUGACCGCGCCUGGUACCCGUUGGGCCGUAUUAUUGGCGGCACCAUAUAUCCCGGAUUGAUGAUCACUUCUGCUGCUUUGUACCGCAUGCUAUGGGUUCUGAAUAUUACAGUAGAUAUACGCAAUGUUUGCGUAUUUCUGGCUCCAUUUUUUUCCUCAUUAACAACAUUAGUGACGUAUGCAUUAACUAAGGAAAUUCAUAGUACGGGUGCUGGUUUAGUAUCAGCAGCGUUAAUAUCCAUUGUCCCCGGUUAUAUAUCUCGAUCGGUAGCUGGUUCCUACGAUAACGAGGGGAUUGCCAUUUUUUGUAUGUUAUUAACUUAUUAUCUAUGGAUAAAAGCGGUUAAGUCUGGAGCUAUAUUUUGGUCGACAAUGUCUGCAUUGGCUUAUUUCUAUAUGGUCUCCUCUUGGGGUGGUUAUGUGUUCCUUAUUAAUCUUAUACCUCUACACGUGUUGGCCUUAAUGUUUACGGGACGCUUUUCGCACCGCAUCUACGUAGCCUACAGCUCUUUGUACUGUGUUGGCACCAUAUUGUCCAUGCAAAUUUCUUUUGUGGGCUUUCAACCUAUACAAAGCUCCGAACAUAUGUUGGCUUUAGGCGUUUUCGGUUUAUGUCAAAUUCAUGCAUUUGUGGACUAUCUACGCUCUCAUAUGCCGAAAGAACAUUUUGAAGUUUUAUUUAAGUCUUUGGUUUCAACCUUAUUAACGGCUGCUUUUAUCGUUGGCAUUUUGCUGACAGUAACUGGAAAGGUAUCUCCUUGGACCGGAAGAUUCUACUCUUUGUUAGAUCCUUCUUACGCUAAAAACCAUAUACCAAUUAUAGCUUCAGUAUCGGAACAUCAACCCACCUCAUGGUCAUCGUUUUAUUUUGAUUUGCAGAUUUUAGUAUUUUUAUUCCCAGCCGGUUUAUACUUUUGCUUCUCCAAACUUACGGACGCAAAUAUUUUUAUUAUAUUGUAUGGCGUUACCAGUAUCUAUUUUGCCGGCGUUAUGGUGCGCUUAAUGUUGGUAUUGGCUCCUGUAAUGUGCAUCUUGUCUGGCAUAGCCAUAUCACAUUUAUUGGCUAAAUAUAUCAAAUCUGUGGAGGCCAGUACAUCAUCGAAGACAGUAGAAAGUAGAAGGCAAUAUAAAAAAUUGGAGCAGCAAAGUGGCGGUGUCAAAUCGGAGGUGGCUAUUGCUUUUGUCGGCGUUAUAACGUUUAUGUUAAUAGUUUAUACAUUCCACUGUACUUGGGUGACUUCAGAGGCCUAUUCCUCACCUAGUAUUGUAUUAAGUGCUCGUUCUCACGAUGGCGGUCGUAUUAUAUUUGAUGAUUUUCGUGAGGCUUAUUAUUGGCUGCAAAUGAAUACGCCGGAGGACGCUCGAAUUAUGUCUUGGUGGGAUUAUGGAUAUCAAAUUACCGCAAUGGCGAAUCGUACUAUAUUGGUUGAUAAUAAUACUUGGAAUAAUACACAUAUUUCUCGAGUUGGACAAGCUAUGGCGUCCACUGAAGAGAAGGCCUAUGAGAUUAUGCGUGAAUUGGAUGUCGAUUAUGUGUUGGUUAUAUUUGGCGGUCUUACCGGCUACUCCUCUGAUGAUAUUAAUAAAUUUUUGUGGAUGGUACGUAUCGGUGGUAGCACUGAUCGGGGAGCGCACAUUAAAGAAAAAGAUUAUUAUGCCGCCAAUGGUGAAUUUCGAGUUGAUAAAGAGGGAUCUUCCACGCUACUUAAUUGCCUUAUGUACAAAAUGUGUUAUUAUCGUUUCGGGCAAGUAUAUACGGAAGGCGGUAAACCGCCGGGAUAUGAUCGUGUCAGAGCUGCUGAAAUUGGUAAUAAAGAUUUUGAAUUGGACGUAUUGGAAGAAGCUUAUACCACGGAACAUUGGCUAGUACGCAUCUAUAAAGUAAAAGAUUUGAGUAAUCGUGGCGUUUAAAUGAAUAAAUCUCGUUUUAUUUUUUUUAUUUUUAUUUUUUUUUUUUGUAAUAUUUAGCAUUUCUUAUCAAUUUUGAAAUAUAAAUAAGAAAAAGAAUCGCAAAUUUUUCCAAUUAAAUGCAAAAAAAGUCCAAGUUCAAACUAUGUAAAGAAUCUCAACUAGUGUAAGCGCUAGCGUAUAUGAAAUGUCGAAUCGAAUUUGAUAGUUAACUAUGCUCUCUCUCUCUCUCUCUCUCUCUCUCUUUAUCUAUAUAUUUUUAUUUUAA